AGAGAGAGAGGGAGAAAAACAGUGGACGGUGACAUCAUUAGAGCCCUCCCUCUGAGUGUGUAGAUGGUGUGUCUGUCUCAUUCCUCACACACUCUCAUAUGGUGCUCACACACACUCACACACACACACACACACGUGCAGUCAUACAGAUCCAUCCCUGCACGCACUCACACACUCACACUGGACCAGAGGAGAGUGGACAAAGCACCGGGUUUCUCCAGCAUUCCGAGGGAGGUGUGAAGAUACCUGAUGUGGUCCUAAGUGAUCUGAAGUGGUCUGAAGUAGUCUGAAGAGGUAUUCUUAAAUAGUCUUAAGUGGUCUGGGGAGAUCUGAAGAGGUCUGAAGAGGACCUAAGGAGUCUGAAGUGGUCUACCGGGGUUUUACCGCUCCAGCCGACCGGUCACAAUGCUCUCUAGAAUCCUCCUCACCCUCGUCUGCUUCGGCAAGCUCUUCCUCUCCAUCAGCGGGUCGACGCAGGACACCAAAGCUGAAGAGAAGUUGAAGGUCCAGAUCAAUGUCACAGGUGACACCGUCGUGCUCCGCUUCAUUCGCCCACGAGAGAGCGUCCAGCUGGAGGGCUAUGUGCUGGGGUACGGGGGGAACAUGUUCUCCAAACAGUACAUAGAGCUGCCAAAGGAUGGACAACCUUACUAUGGAGAGAUGGGUAACUAC